UACUGACAAUUGGCCAAUCAUAAUCAAGCACGGCAAGUGGACUAGCGAGUUAAAAAAAAUCUCGCAAAAUUACUUGCUUUACACGUGUAUUUUUAUGUAAAUAAAACCAGUGAACAUAUUUCGCAUAAUGUCUGACUGGGAUACGGUUACCAUCCUCCGUAAAAAACCACCAAAAGCUUCUGCAUUGAAAACGGAGCAAGCCGUCAAUGCCGCACGUCGUCAAGGUUUACCUGUGGAUACGCAACAGAAAUUUGGUGCUGGAACUAACAAACAACAUGUAACUACAAAAAAUACAGCUAAACUUGACAGAGAAACUGAAGAAUUGCGUCAUGAGAAAGUACCUCUUGAUUUGGGGAAACUUAUUAUGCAAGGACGGCAGGCUAAAGGAAUGAGUCAAAAAGAUUUAGCUACAAAGAUUUGUGAGAAACCACAGAUUGUAAACGAUUAUGAGGCGGGUCGUGGCAUUCCUAAUAACAUUGUACUUGGUAAAAUCGAAAGAGCAAUUGGUAUAAAACUCAGAGGAAAGGAACGUGGCCAACCACUACAGCCUCCUGGAGGAAAGAAAUAACGGAUUCCCUGGGAGGCGAAGAUUAAACUCCGAUAUUUAUUUAUUGCAUAAUAAUUUUUUCAUUUUUACUGUUACGUGUUCUCAGUAAUGUUAUGAUUUACAAGAAAUAUGAUGUAAGCAUUCUCAUCUGGAAUGUUCUGUUUGUUAUUACAACAUUUUAUUGAUGAUGUUGCCAACAUGAAAAAAUGAAAUUUACAGCAAAUUGUGAUUGUGUGAUAUGCAAUAAAAUAGUUACAACACAAAUGUUUGCUAUGAUUUAAUAAGAUGGCGUUGCCAUCAAUAUGAGGCGCUUAUCCAAAUUUUUAAAGGUGUCGAUACUUGCCAAAAAGUACUCAUUUAAAGUAAUGAACACAAAGUAUCGAGUACAAAAGUAUCGGUAUUGAAAGGAAAAGUACUCGAUUCCACAAAGUAUCGAUACUUUUUUCGUGUCCCUAGUUUGGAUGUCAUUUUCAAUUUACGAAGUGUUUAUGAAUUGAAGUUUAUAGGCAUGAUCUUUUUUUAUAAUAAAUUUAAGUUGAAUUUAAAUAAUCAUGUCCUUUUCAUUUGGAUCUAAUUCUACAUCUCAAAGUACUCCAUUUGGUUCGGCGGCAAAACCAACCUUUUCCUUUGGAAGUACAAAUACUGCAACUACUUCAAAUGCUGGCUUUAGUUUUGGAACUUCCACUAGUUCUUCUGGAUUUGGGGCAUUUGGUUCGACUAGUACAGCUGCUCCUUUUGGAGGAUUAGGAACAACUCCUGCAUCGACUGCACCGUCAUUGUUUGGGGGCACAGGAUUUGGGAAUACAGCUGCUAAACCAGCAACUGGUUUUGGGACAACUGGUUUUGGUACUGGUACAGGAUUUGGUGCAGGUACUUCUACAUUUGGUAGUACAGCACCAACAUUUGGUACAAACACACUUGGCUCAAACACAUUUGGCACUGGAUCCACUUUUGGUUCUACAUUUGGUACAAAACCAGCAACAGGCUUUGGUGGAUUUGGGACAAACCUCGGAACAACAGCACCUGCUUUUGGUCAGCAAACUCAGCAACAACAACAACAACAACAACAGCAGCAGCAAGGCCCUACCACAGCUCACGAGGCUUUGGUCGCAGCUGUAUUUAAUUGCUGUGUCUUUGGCGAUGAAAGGGACCAAGUUCUCGCUAAAUGGAAUCUCCUGCAAGCCCAAUGGGGAACUGGUCAGGCAUAUUAUAACCGCAAUGCGCCACCCCUAGAGUUGAAUGAACAAAAUCCGCUAUGUAGGUUUAAAGCUGUGGGUUAUUCUCGUGUUGGAGGACGUGAGGAUAAAGAUGGCCAUGUGGCUAUGUUAUUCAAUAAACCUGAACAAGAUAUAAAGAAUAAUCAGCAAGCCUUUAUCACUUCUCUGUCUGGUUUGUUGGGGAACAAACCACACCUCACAGUAAAUAUUGAUUCCGUGAAAGCUGUUUCUGAAAGCAAGACACAGGUGGUCGUGUACGUGGUGGACAAAAACGCGGGCGGGUCGCAUGUGUCCGCCGCGGAGCUGGCCGGGUUCUUGAACGGGGCCGGGCGCGCCGCGCUCACCGCUGCAGGCUGCGGCUGCGUAUCCGCCGCCACUCGCCCCUCGCCGCAGAUGCUGCAGCACUACCUGCAGACGCCGCCGCCCGGUAUGGACAUGCGUUUGUGGAAACAAGCUCAGGCCGACAAUCCUGAUCCCGAAAACUACAUUCCUGUGCCGAUAAUAGGGUUUUCUGAGAUAAAGUUUCGCGCCCGGUGUCAAUCUGAAGAAGCCAGUUUGCAAGCGAGUUGGCUCCGGAAGGCUAGCGACACGUUGGGCGAGUUGCGCACGCGCCGGGCCGCGUCUGCCGCGCGGUUGGCCGAACUAUCGGCCAGUCUACACGGACUGAGGCAUACACUAUUACAGGUUAUAGCCAAACAAGAGGUCGUUGGUAGAGUGGGUGCUGCGUUGAGUCCCGAAGAAGAAGCUAUGAGAGCACGCUUGCACGAACUAGUGUCUCAACUUGCUGCUCCUCCUCUCUAUAAUGGUCGCCUGAAUGAAUUAUUGUGUGCUGUGAGACUGCAGCGUAGCGCAUGUGCCGGGACUUCGCAUGAACGCUACUAUUUGGAUCCAGGUGCUCAAGAAGACGUGAAGCAGUUCCUAACUCUCCAGCAACGCGGCAUGGCGCAUCUAUUGGACACGGCGCGGAAGGAUCUCGCUGCACUCAACACUAUCGCCGAGGGCAUGUCGAAGCUAGUCAGGGCGUAGCGUAUGCUAAACUUACUAUAUUUUAAAAUAAGAAUCCAUUCUUAAAUAGGGUCGACGACUUGAUUUAUUUUCUUAAUUACAUAAUAUUGUUUCAAAACCAAAGUAUUCUUUUUUCAAUCCUCCCACAAUAGACAAGCUUUGUAAUGCAGAAGAGGAGAAGUUAAAAACAGGGGCAUUGAACGUCGUGACGUAAUCGCCAGAAUCACCAAGAGUGCGAGGGAGAUAGCAGGCUGCUCCCGGUACACUCACACUCCUUGUAAUAGUUUUAAUUUUAGUAUAUUUUUAUACAGAAAGGCAUAUUAUUACCUAUUUGUAAUAAAUUGUACUUUCUGAAAAGUAAAUAUUUCAAUGCAAAGUCAAAUUUUGUCUACCAUACUAGGUGCUCAUACUAAAGAAUCGCUUCCAUGCUUGCACAGGGUAACUGUAUGCAUAAAUGUUUAUUAUGGAACAACACUAAACCAAUCGAUUGAAAAAAAAAACUUUUAUAAUAAUUGUGUUGUCAGUAUUAUGAUACUGCUGCGUUUGCGAUAAAGUUGAGUUUUAAUAUUUCAAAUUUACAUGUGGUCGUUACCAACUUUAUGAUUUUUAAUCACACUUAACCUUACAUUUUGCUAAUAUUGGUCCUUAACGUGUGAUGUAAUUUAUGGAUGGCUCUAAUGUUAUUCAAACAAUAACAUUAUAAGAUACUUUGCACAAAGAUCGCACAAGAUAUAGUGAUCUGAUGACUAUAAAUUGUAAUAGACUCAAACCGCCUUAUUACAAUAAAUAGACUAAAGUUAUCGCGGACUAAAACUAAUGCUGUCACUUUUGUUUGCUAAAAAGAAGACAGAGACAACAUUGGGUUUAAACCAAGGAUAACUUUAGUCCGCGUUUCGGAACAAGGCGGAUACAGUCUGCUAUUAAUGAAUCAUGAAAAUGGUGACAUAUUUUUUACAGUAACAGUAUGGAUUCCAAAGGUUAAGUUUAAAUCAGGAGUUUGAAAACAAUCACAUGUGACACAUUAAAUUAUUAACAGAUAAGAAACUUAGAACGGUUACGGAUGUGUGGAAUAAUUUACAAAAUCGUUAGUCUUGUAGAAAUCAAUAAAAUGGGUAUUAAAUUCAUUUGGGUAAAAUAAGGAGCCACACUCCAGUAUGAUUUGUUAAAAUUUGUAAUGAUGAUGAUUAUUUUUGUGAAUAAAUAAAAGUUAUAUCUUUUUAGCCUAAA